CUAUUAUUUGAUGGCUCCUUCGUUGGAAAUUAGCUCCCGAAAUAAAAGUCGAGACGUCAGAAUGCGGUUAUAAAGCGCCGUUCUCUUUUUCUUAUAUUCCUUUGCCUUCAUUUUCACCAUCCCACUCGCACCAAUGAUGACCAACAUAUUUACUUUCCUUUCUGUUUUCGCCGCUUUCCAAACUAUCCUUUCACUACCUCUCAAUGAGCCUGAUACUCUAUACAUGAACGAACUGCAGUAUCCGUUUAGAUUGCGCGGCGCGCAGCCGUCAACGGACACGAACCUCAGAGAGCCACUGCCAAAGUCGGAAACUCAUUCAUUCCUCCCGCUUCUGCAUGAGGCUCCGAGAAGAAUGAGAAAAACGACAUUCGUCUCUUCAGUACCGACAUGGUCCUCGACUGGUUAUAUCGCCAUCUACGAAAGACACGGCCUUCAGCGACUAGUAGGUUAUGUUGAUGGCCACAAGGUCAUACAUACGAAAGAAGCUGCUCCACGGUACACCUACACCGCGUAUGGGUACGGAGGAGAAGUCUAUGAUCCGAACAAGGAUGAAAAGAUGUGCAUCACUGCAGGUUUUUUCGGUCAAUCUCUCAGACCUGGAUUGAAGAAUUUUCAUCUAGCUCGGACCACGCAAGUGACCGCAUACCCAGGGAACACGCUAACUUUUGAUACGAAUACAGGGACGUAUAUUGAGACAAAUGUCUUCUUCCUGGACCCUUCGACGUAUGAACUGUCUGCCGAGUGGACAAAUUCCGAUGGCAGUCACCCUACGACGUAUAUUUUUGUCCAUGACGAACGAAUUUACUAUACAGGUGAUGUCCACGCUGUCCAACAAUCCUUGUAUAUAGAUAUGACACGAGCGGUCUUCAAAUGGAUAGAAACUGGUUCAUAGAAAUAAAUCGCUGCCUCCCAUUGUUAUUCAUCCACUCACAUAUCCUUACAUCGGACUAUUUACUUACUGGGACAGUACAACGUGUAUCAAGCAUUUAAUCAUGUAUUUUUACAACAUUGCGGCAUACUAACGACAAUUCAGUGGUAAUAAGGGGAUACAUUAGCAGUCCACUCUACGCCACCAUUACAAGUGUCCGUAGAAAUACAUCAAUUAUACAUACUAUAGGCGCCCUACAAGUAUCCACCAAAGAAUG